AGUUUAUAUCCCGCGUUACGCCUUUGUAAUAUCGAUCUGGACGGUCAGUGGACAUGCGUUUAGCGCUUUUAACUUCAUUGUGACAGGUGCCCUGUCCGGGGUAUCCUGUUCGAAGCGUUUCGUCGGCAGGAACAUUAUGUUGAUCACGAUAAAUAAUGUGACAUCACUUCGCGACGCGUAGCUCAAAAUCACGGACGCGAGAACAUGUGUCCCGUGCAGGUAUGUUGAUAGAACAACGAAGCGUUGCGAGAAAGCUGUCUACUAGUGUCUGGAACAUGUGCCUUCGCUACGAAUGGAAGAGAUAAAACUCAAAUCGAUAGCUUUUAUGCACACGUCAGCGUUGGAAAACUCUCGUGCUACUGUCUAAGUCCGACGUUGUCUCUACAUUGUGAAAAAUUGUAAACUAUUUUAGAAAACGAAAUCCAUAAACAGCUAAGAACCCCGUUUAUCUGAGAAAACAUGACUGCCAUAGGCGACGUGCAAGCCUUGCAGACUCUCACAGUUUACACCAGCGAUGUAAACAGCAUCGAUUUCGCCGGUGAUUGCGUGCUGGUGACGGGAUCUGGGGACAAACGCGUUCGAGUUUGGGAAUGGCAGCCCGGCACUGGCUACGUGGAGGCUUACUUUUCGCCCCUGAUGGGGCACAAGUACGGCGUGACUUCGGUCAAAGUCAGCCCCCAAUCAACCAUGUUAGCCACUUCCAGCAUAGACGGCACCACGCUGCUUUGGAACUUGCGCACGGGGACGAAGAUACACACUAUGGUGCAAGUGGGCGGCGAAGCGGUGAGAGUCUGCAGGUUCUCGCCGGACUCGACGUUACUCGCGACCGCUGGAGAUAACGGGCAAGUCUGCAUUUGGGAUUUGGUCCAUCGCAAUUUAAUCAGAUGUUUUCAAAAACACGAGGGCGCCGUGCAGAGCCUGUCCUUCUCGCCGGACUCCAACUGGCUGAUUACAUCCUGCACAUUGGGUGUCCUAAAGCUGUUCUCCACUGCCGACCUGAUUGACAGUUGUACCUCCAGCAAUCAGGAUAUCACCGAACUCGCCUCGAUCGAUGAUGCUCACGAUAUGGGAGUGGUUUGCUGCGACUUCUCCACUUUCCAAGAAGUCACGUGCAACGAGCCGUACACCAAGCUUUAUCAGCUGGUUUCGUGCGGCAACGAUCACGAUGUAAAAUUGUGGGAAGUCACGGUGAGCCAGAACAAGUGCGAGGCCCAACCCUCUACUGCCACUGUAGAGCUUUGCAGAGUGAUGGAAAAGCACAGUAGUGCCUUAACUUGCGUCCGUUUCAGCAGCAACGGAUUAUAUAUCGCCAGCUGUGGCCUCGACAAAACGGCAGUAAUUUGGGAGACGAGCUCAGGAAAGGUUGUAACGAUAAUCUCUGGCCACAAUAGAUAUGUCGCUUGCUGCGCCUUCUCGCGCGACGGAAGUUUAUUAGCGACAGGUUCGAACGAUAAGUCAACGAUCGUGUGGGAUUUGGCGGGCAAUCUAACUGUCGAUUCGGAACUUUCCAGAAACUUUGGUACAAAGUGGUUCGUGAAUGAUCCUGAAAAGAGCACUAUGCACGAACAGGAUGUGAUGAGGAACGUCGAAACGUAUGCUAACGAAGUGAAAUUGAUCCAAAGACUGGAGGAACACAGCGGGGCGGUGAACAGCGUUGCCUUCCAUGGAAAUAAUUUUCUAGCCUCGGCAUCGGGUGACAAACUAGUGCGCAUGUGGAGCGUGGAGACGGAAGAGGAAGAUGGUGAAGAGGUGAUUAAAAUACACGAGAAACCAUUCAGUCCGCUUGACGCUCACACCUACAGCGUCAAUUACGUGGAAUUCAGUCCGUGCGGUUCGAUGCUCGCCUCCUGUUCUCUUGAUGGGACGACUUUGGUUUGGAACACAGAAAACGGUGGACAAGCAAAAUCCUCUUUUGUCAAUUCUGGAACGGGCAUCCGCGUAUGCCGGUGGACACCGGACGGCGCAAAAAUUGCCACUGCUGGUGACGACGAGAAGACCACAUUGUGGGAUGUGGAAUCUAUGGAUCAAUUACAAGAAUAUUACAGCGUUUUCGAGGGCCACUCCGACGCGAUAACGGCCAUCGCGUUUACGCACGAUUCCCGCUAUCUUGUAACCGCCUGCAACGAGGGCACCUGGCGCCUGUUUGACACUCUAGACGAAAAGAGCGAAGAAGCAUUGCUGGUUUGCGAAGCGAGUCACGAUCUUGGUGUCCAGGGAUGCGAUUUCAGCCCUACUCCAGGCUCCUUAAUGUGCACAAGAGACACAGAGAUGAAUGUCGACGAGCAGGUAUAUCUAUUGGCAACGUGCGGCAACGACUCGUUGGUUAAAUUAUGGCACAUAAUAAUUUCGAACAAAUCACUAUCCGAUUCGGACAGCAUCGGAUCGAGUGAUGUCAGAACGCGUUACAAGGAAAAGAAGUCCUUAGCCGGGCAUGGUGGGAACGUGAUGUGCGUCCGCUUCUCACCUAUUCACGGAGAAGUUCUAGGUAGCGUCGCGACGGACAGAACAGCUCGCAUAUGGAGCGUGUUUUCUGGAAGCUGUCUAUAUGUCAUGGAGGAUCACGACAGUCUCGUCACGUCUUGCGCAUUUUCCGAGGACACGUCUCUCUUCGCGACAGGCGCUUUGGACAAGACUGUUUUGGUUUGGAAAGUGCCUCAGCAACUUGUGUCACAAAGCAAUUUAAUGGACAGCUUGAGGAACAAAAAGAAGAGGGUUGCAGAUUGGAAGAUGCAUGACACAUUGAAAUGGCUGAACGAUAUUGAACUAUCCAGACUAAUCAGGAAAGCGCUUCCUCUGGGACUGACCGGACGACAUUUGCUAUCCAUAUCAGAAAAUGAGUUGAUAUCCCGGCUAGAAAUCGAAGAUGACGAAGAGGCGGCGGAGAUACUGAAAAAGCAAUUAUAUUGGCUCAAGCGCGAAGAUUGUAAUAUUACAGAGAAUAUAGACGAGUCGGAGAUUCCUCAUGAAUUCUUGUGUCCUAUAACGCACGAGAUAAUGAAAGAACCUGUGCAGUGCUCAGAUGGAUUUACUUAUGAAAGGGCAGCUAUAAACGAAUGGUUCCUGUGCGGAAAGUACACCAGCCCGAUGACGAAUGAGCCGCUGCACGACACUUCCUUUACUCCGAAUUUCGUUCUUAGAAAUGCUAUACUCACUCUACUUUAUGGAGAAGGACCACAAUAGUAAUCGCAUCUUACGCACCGUAUUGCAACACGAGAGAGAGAAAAAAAAAAAUGGGGAUUAUUACACGCACGUGUCGGCAAUUUCCGAUAAGCAAUUUUAUUCUGCGGUAAGUUAGAGACAUUUAAGAUUCGGCGAUUUUAACGCAAUAAAAUUCGUUCUCUUUCGAAUAAUCGAAAGGAACGCGAAAGUCGAUCGGUAUCUGCGGACCAAUUAGAAACAUACAAAUAAGAGACUUAAUGACGAUUAUGCCGCCAAAGGAUACCGUCUAAGGACUGAAAAAAAGCAACCAUGAUCGCUAAUAAUUGUUAUUGAAUUCGCGAAAUAUUCGUUUCAAACGAUUCUGAAAUUGAAAUUACUCGUGUGUGAAGAUAUGCUUAGAGAAUUUUUACAAUAACGCGCAUUGCCAUAGCUUUGCCCGCGAGCGAUACAUAUCUAAAAAUCGCUAUUAACUUCGAUCUUAUUAGUUCGGAUAGUUCGCAGUAUCUACAAGCGAAUCUAUGAAUCGAAAGAUUUCCGAACGUUUUCGACGAUAUAGCGCGUGUAAUAUACUCGUAACGAUCCAGAUACCUGAUGCAAAGCAACAAGUACAAGUUUACGAAAAUUUAUGGACAAUCUUUGAGAUUACGGAUAGCGAAAGCGUUGGUCUAAAUAUCGGAUAUUACAGAAUAGUUCAACGUAUUCACGUACAUGUAGAUAGUCAUAUCGAAUACACGGAUUUUAUAUUGGUUUCUAGACGUAAACGGCAUUUACAGAUACUCGAGUUGAAUCGCGCACUAUCUUGCGAAUGUGACGUGUUUUUCGUCACUCUCUUUUGCAUCUCCUAUUCUAAAUUUUUUAUAAGCCAAAUAAUUCGCGUCUUUUUCAGUCGGAGAUUCGAUUCUGCACCAUGAGAUGCAGAGUUUACGAGUUUUCCGAUUUUGUAUAAGAUACUCUUCGCGUAUUCAAUAUUAAGUAAAGCUCUAAUUUUGAGUCUAAGAUUGCAUCAGAUUUACUCUAAGACAGGGUUGACUUUGCACCAAAAAAAAGGUUUAAAAUUGUUUAGUAUCGAAGAAAGUGAUUUUUAAUUAUUUCUCUAGAUGCUACACGGCCCGAAGAUGGCCCUAAAACUUCUACUAUGGUGCAAAGUUGCGAAUUUUUAUCUCACGAUAGUGAGACUUUUAAAAGUGAAAAAAUGAUUGAAAAAAUCAAAUUUUCAAUUUAGUAACUAAUAAACAUUUUGAGCAUUAUAAACACGAUUUAAAAUUAAUAUGCUACUUAUAGUAGUAUAGAAAUAUUUGUGCCUAACAUAACUAACGUUAACGAGUUAUCAUAUUUCCUGAGAUAUUGUAAAGAAAUAUCUCGUUUUCUUAAUCCGCGACAUUAUCGCGUUUUAUCGAGUAUUCAUUUUUUAAAGUGUACUUUAGAAUUCGUAGAAAUAUAUUAACAUACAACAUUGCUUGCGUGUGAUAAUAGUAUGUUAUUCUCUAGUCACAGAUUGUUAUAUAUAUAUAUAUAUAUAUAUAUUAGUUUUCGAGAUAUUUUAUUUAUAUGUAUAAUAUGUGUACUAAUAUUUAAUUUUCUUUUUCUGCUGUGUUAAUUGUUAUAAACUUGGGGCAAUAAGCAUCGAGUUGUUUAUUAUUAUUAAUUGUUGUAAGUGCUGUGGAUGCAAGUUUCAUUUUAUAAUCACAAUAUUAACUCUUACAUUAGUCUAAGUGUUAUAAAACAGAAGUUACCAAAAAUGUAUAUACAUAAAAAAUUGAGAUAGAUGACAAGGCCGUAUAUAUACAUACGUUCGUAUUGCUCGGAGGAACAUAAAGUAUUGAUUUAUUUCUCUUUUGGAGAAAUUGGUCCGAGGUAAUUUUCUUUAAAACCGUCGAUCGUUUCUAAUUAGCGUUUACGCACAGGUUUUUACGUGGAUUUCUACAAAUUUUUCAAUCACACUUUACGAACACGGUUUUGUAAUUGAUGUCUUCAGAUUGUCAGUGGAAUUCAAAGUCUGUAUUUCUGUGAUAUAAUUGAGAAAUCCUUUGAAAUUACUGUAUAUUAGAUGAGUGCGAUUUGUAGCGUAACAACGUGAUCGCAUUUAAAAUCGCGCUAUCAAGGAAAGUCCGACGCAAUCGUGUUUGAAGAUUAAGCGAUUUUACAGUUAUAAGCGUGAUUUUUCUGUAUAACUAUAUAUGAAUAAUAAAAUCGAUACUACAAUAA